UCCUAAAAUGUUUUUUCUCCCAUAGGGUACCAUGUCCAGUGUCUCCAUCCGACUGUACAAGGACUCGGACUAUGAGGUGGCCAGGGAGCUGUUUGCUCGGGGGAUUAAGGAGCACACCAAUAUAGCUUUCAGGCACACCCUCGGACUCCCCCAUAUUUGGCUGCUGUUGUUUCUCUCGUGCCUGAUUCCAUUCAUUGUAACUGGCUCUCUCAUUGUCUCCUACUUGGCCGUUACCUUGGCAUUAAUUAUCGUCUGGUCCCUGGCCAGGUACAUGUACACCUCCUAUGUGCAACACUGUCUGCAGGACGACCUACUGGACAUCAAGAAAUAUUACCUGCAGCGGGACGGUUACUGCUUCUGGGUGGCAGAAUCUUGGGGGGCAGUUGUUGGCAUUGUGGCAGCUACUCCAUCUCAUCGCCCCGGUGGAGAGAGACACGUGGAGCUGAAACGCAUGUCGGUGGCCAAGAGUCACAGAGGCAGAGGGGUGGCUAAAGCCUUGUGUAGGACUGUCAUAGACUUUGCACAGGGGAAAGGGUGCAAUGCGGUUGUUCUGGAAACCUCGUGGGCCCAGACAGACGCACAGCGGCUCUACGAGACAAUUGGCUUCCGGCUGAGAAAAUCCACUUAUGCACCAAUGUCCCCAGCAAAAUUCCUUGACUUCUGGAUCUUGUUCUAUCAAUACAACAUCCUCACGGCCUGA